AGAAAUUGAAGUCACAGAUUUAUUGGUUCAAGAACUCACAGCACAGGGAACGUUCGAGAGCGAAGAAGAGAGCAAACGGCGUGAAGUCGUUUUAGGCAAACUUGAUAAACUUGUAAAAGAAUUUGUUUACAAUAUUAGUCGGGAAAAAAAAAAACUCCCAGAAGCUGAUGCCAGAGAAGCUGGGGGGAAGAUCUUCACUUUCGGCUCAUACAGGCUAGGGGUUCAUGGAGCUGAGAAUCUUGCAUUGGCACAUCCUUUUGUAAAAGGGUUUGAUAAAAUUUAUCAUUGUACAAGUGACCAAAUGGCGACUGAUGUGAUGCACGGAAUUUUUGAUUCAACGUCAACCAGUGAUAAAAAUAGCACGGAAUUAUCACAAAAUGGUACAGAACCGGCUACUGUUCGUGAUAUAUAUACUACUACCUUCUAUGUUGGAUUAGAUAUCAAUCCUAGAGAUCGUAGCCACGAUUCUGUAAUAUCUAGUUCGGAAUUACCUCCUGAGGUAUUUGAAGAUGGCCAGAAGAAACGAGAAGACUUCUCAAAGAAACGAAAACGUGUCGGACUUACUGAGAAGAAACUUAAAACCUCUGGACAAAAAGUAGCAUCUAAUGAUAGGAUGUCCAAUAUAUCCUCGAAUUUAUGUAGCUGA